UAUCGAAUAAUCGAACAGUGCAGGCAUCGACGCGAAGUGCCAUCACCAUUCCGUAUCCAUCUUGACAAAAAUUUUUGCAAGCGCAUAAAAUUAAACAAAUAACAGCGUUGCGGACAACAAAUCGCCACUAAAACAUCCGGAAAACAGCGAGCAUGGGAAGCAACGACAGAGCAUCGAGAUCGCCGCGUUCGGAUGAUCAGCGCGAGAUCAGCGACAUACCGGCCACCAAAAGAUCGCGCUCCGACUCGGGCAAGUCCACGGAUUCGAAAAUUCCCUACCUUUCGCAGCCCCUGUACGACCUCAAGCAGACGGGCGAUGUCAAGUUCGGUCCGGGCACCAGAUCGGCGCUACUCGGCCUCCUGGGCGGCGCCCUGCCCAAGCUCUCCUCGGAGCAGCACGACCUGGUCAGCAAGGCCAAGAAGUACGCCAUGGAGCAGAGCAUCAAGAUGGUGCUCAUGAAGCAGACGCUGGCCCACCAGCAGCAGCAAUUGGCCACUCAGCGCACGCAGGUGCAGCGCCAACAGGCACUGGCCCUCAUGUGCAGAGUCUACGUGGGCAGCAUUUCGUUUGAGCUCAAAGAGGACACAAUUCGCGUGGCCUUCACGCCCUUCGGCCCCAUCAAAUCAAUCAACAUGUCCUGGGAUCCCAUCACGCAAAAGCACAAGGGCUUCGCGUUUGUGGAGUACGAGAUACCCGAGGGCGCACAGCUGGCGCUGGAACAGAUGAACGGAGCCCUGAUGGGCGGCAGGAACAUCAAGGUAGGCCGACCCAGUAACAUGCCACAGGCCCAGCAGGUGAUCGACGAAGUGCAGGAGGAGGCCAAAAGCUUCAACCGCAUCUACGUGGCCUCCAUCCAUCCCGAUCUGUCCGAGGAGGACAUCAAGAGCGUCUUCGAGGCCUUCGGCCCCAUCCUCUACUGCAAGCUGGCUCAGGGCACCUCCCUGCACACGCACAAGGGCUACGGCUUCAUCGAGUACGCCAACAAACAGGCCAUGGACGAGGCCAUCGCCAGCAUGAAUCUCUUCGAUUUGGGAGGGCAGCUUCUGAGAGUGGGUCGAUCUAUAACGCCGCCGAAUGCGCUGGCCUGUCCCACAACGAACUCCACGAUGCCCACGGCAGCGGCAGUGGCUGCAGCGGCUGCAACGGCAAAGAUCCAGGCCCUGGAUGCGGUGGCCAGCAAUGCGGUUCUCGGUUUGUCGCAGAACACACCUGUUAUGGCCGCUGGAGCCGUGGUCACCAAGGUGGGGGCAAUGCCAGUGGUUUCGGCAGCGACGUCGGCGGCUGCUCUGCAUCCUGCUUUGGCUCAAGCCGCUCCUGCUCUUCUUCCGCCCGGAAUAUUCCAGGCACCCACUCCGGUCGCCCCCAGUUUGCUUGGAGUUCCUGCUGGCCUGCAACCUCUACAGGCUGUUGUGCCUACUCUUCCGCCGCCAGCUCUUCUGGCCACACCCACCCUGCCCAUGACCGUCGGCGGUGUUGGUGUGGGCAUAGUGCCCUCUGUCGCCACGCUGACAGGAGCGGAGGCCAGCAAUGGAGCAGCAGCUGCUGCCGCACUCUCUGCCGCUGCGAACAAUGCCGCUGUCACGGCAGCAAACCUCUCGGAGAACAUCAAGAAGGCGCACGAGAAGCAGCAGGAGGAGCUGCAGAAGAAACUGAUGGACGAGGGCGACGUGCAGACGCUGCAGCAGCAGGAGAACAUGUCCAUCAAGGGCCAGAGCGCACGGCAGUUGGUGAUGCAGCGACUAAUGCGCCCGGUGGAUUCACGUGUAAUCAUCCUGCGAAAUAUGGUUGGUCCCGAGGAUGUGGACGAAACGCUGCAGGAGGAGAUCCAGGAGGAGUGCAGUAAGUUCGGCACCGUCAGCCGCGUGAUCAUCUUCAACGAGAAGCAGACGGAGAACGAGGACGACGACGAGGCGGAGAUCAUUGUGAAGAUAUUUGUGGAGUUCUCGGCAGGAGCGGAGGCCGUGCGAGGCAAGGAAGCACUCGACGGCAGGUUCUUCGGCGGCCGGAGAGUGGUGGCCGAGCUUUACGACCAGGGCAUCUUCGAUCAGGGAGAUCUGUCCGGUUAGAGGGGAGCUGUGGAUGUGGAUGUGCAUGUGGCUCCCGCCGACAUUUGUUCUGUCAUUUUUUUACGUAGCACCUAAAACGCAAACGAUGCAAGUUUAUUAUUUAUUACGCCAGUCCGCAAACAAGCGACCAUUGUUAUACGGCACGGCAGCCAGAUUAUACAAUACGAUUAUGAUGAUUCUGCAACGCAGUGAUUUAGUCUUAAAGAAAAGAAGUAUCCCCGUAGCGAGGGAAGCGAUUCUCGGUGUUUUCGCUUGAUUGCUUCCCCUCGGAAACAGAACCAGAGAUCCCCAACCACAAUUCAGAUCCCAAUCAAGCACACCGCGGCAAACUAACAACGUGUACAUUAACAUUUAAUUAAUUUCAGCGCUUAACUUACGAAAUAAACUAUAGUUUCCCAUUCAA